AUGGAUAGCUUUAUCCCCAAGGAUAAUGCCAAACUUUUGGAAGAUUCGGCGUCUCAAGCUAUCUCAAAACAAUCCCAAGCUUCCAUCAAGAAUGGAGAGAAGAUGGACAAAUCUUCCGCUACAUGGCUAUCUGUGAGAGACAGUGGGAUACUUAAUCCUGACGCACGGGAAAUUGGCAUGACAAAGACCGAUGAAGAUGAAGUUCAACUGAUGAAGGAGAAAUUCCCGGGACUUGGGCGGUUUUUUGCCGUCAAACAUCAUCGCAAAUCAACACCUAGUAACAGUGUUUGGGAACAAUUGAAGCCAUCAAAUGCCUGGUUGCAACCUGUAGGGAACACCCCGGAUUGCGAAGUCAAUCUCACAUCAAAUACCGACGUGGCUCUAAGGAAGUCCAAAACAUCACAAACAUCAUUGGACAACCGUCAAAACCAAAGACAUCUGGUAACACAAGCCAAAGAACAAGAUGGUAGUGAAAGCACUUCUGAGAGGGGCGCACUCAAUCCAAAAGAAACGGUGCCUACUACCAAGAGAUUUCCCACACGGAAUGAAAUAUCUUGGAAGGCGCAUAAACGCCCCUAUCGUCACUUAGAGGACCUCCUGGCAGCGAAACCCGAUAUACCAUCCGGCGCCUCCAAACUUGGCUUGCUUCAUUUAGUGGAAUACUCAAUCAAGCAAGCAGAUACGUUUUUCGAUAAUUUAGAACGGCCAGAUCUAGCUCUGGAGAAGUGGGUUACAGUGAAUAUCACAGUCAACAGUGCUAUACCCCAUAGCGAUGGCUACAACUCACUCAGGGGCGACCCUGGGCUUCUGACCAGGUAUAAUAUGCUGAAAAAAUGGCUUAUAGACAAAGACUCAACAUUUGAAGAAGCCAAAAACGUUAUCAGGGCCGACAAUUGCAAGAACAGCGUUCAAUCCUUGUUAGCACAACCAAUAGGCUGUGCAGACGGAGACAACAAAGUAGUGCCAAUCAAUAGUGAAGAAGAAAGAUGGCAAAAAAAAGACGACAUCAAGUUUGAAAAAGAUGCAGCUUCAGCGUUACCCGAUGCUGACGUUUGUGAAAAUUUGAGCCAAGAUAUUAUUCCCACAGUGCAAAGUCAGUCUCCUACCUUCAGAUUCUCGGAUGAUUUUACGAUUUCCUACCCAUGCCAUAUCAGAACAUGUCCAGAGCAUCAAAGUGGCUUCCCCUCUCAGCAAAUACUCAUGCAACACUAUGUCCAUUCCCACGGUGAAGCUUAUUAUCUUUGCGACUAUCCCUCGUGUCAAUCACAAAUAGGCACUGCCAGUGCAUCAGGGUCCAAGUUCCGUUUCGUUCGGUCGGAUUUUCGAGCGUCAAAGAUAAAUUACAGAACCCAUCUGCGAGACUUCCACAAAGAAGACAUCGGAGUAUCUUCCAAGUUGUCGGCGGAAGAAAUAGAAGACCUAGGCACGUGUAGAUUCGAGGGAGAAUGGUGGAGAUGCCAAAGCUGCUUGAAAAAGGUAGUCGUAGGAACCGAAGGUUAUAGUUGCAAAUCUUGCAAAACUAUCUGCGAACCAGCAAGAAUUUUGGCGAGGAAGACGAGAUUUGGGUUCGGCGGCUUAAUUGGUAGUGGAAGAUUGAUCUCUGGUCCAAAUGGAGCUAUACUCCGACAAGCUUCUCAUCCUUCAAGCCAUCUAGAUGUCUCAGAUGAGCCGAAAAUUGUUGUUUGUGGAGAAACUCGGGGCUCCGAGGAUUCUGCAGUCCCGCGUCCUUCAGAUCCACUGCCUACACUGCCACCUGCAAUGAAACUCCCAAAACUCAAAUUUGAAAUGGCACGGCGAGAAAUAUCGACCGAAAAUGUCGCAUCAGAGCGGAGAAAUUUUGCUACGGAAGCUAUAUCUGAGAAGGAUCAAGUCAGCGGCUUACAUGACUUGAAAAUCUGCCCAUCGCCCAGGAUCCCCCAUCAAGGUGUCAUCAUUGAAUAUACUCACGAAGAAUAUGCCAGUAAUAAAUUAGUUCCACUCACUACAAUCAGACAGUUAGGACACGGAUCUCUUGGAAUUGUCGACGCAGUUCGAUUCAAUGACAGAGAUCAUAGUGGUUUGAUUGCUCGGAAAAUCAUUCGUCUUCCCAACUUCUCUCGAAAGAGGCUAUUGCCUCUGAUCCAGCAAGAGGUAGCAGUCCUUCGGGGUCUCUCUCAUCACCAUAUUAUCAAGGUUAUCAGCACUUAUGAGACAAUCAAAGCUCCUCGGCAAUUUGGAAUUCUCAUAUCACCAGCUGGUGAUGAAGAUCUAGGUCAUUUUCUUGAACGAGUUAGUGACAGUGACUUCCCAGAGGAAGAUAUGAAGCUGCUAAGCGGCUGGCAAUGUUGCCUUGCUUCUGCAGUCUAUAUUCAUUCUCAAAAUAUCAGGCACAAGGAUAUCAAGCCAAAUAAUAUAAUUUGCAAGGGCGAUCAAGUCUAUUUGACUGAUUUCGGAUCCGCCCACCAGUUCAGUGCGGGUGUCACAAGUUCAACAGAAGGUCCUUUAGUAGGCAUCACGAAAAUGUACAGUGCCCCCGAAGUAGUUUCAGAUGAUCGAAGAGGCCGACCUGCUGAUAUCUACUCCCUGGGAUGCGUUUUUGCAGAGAUGGCUACUGUAGCUGAUGGGGAACGCAUCGAGGACUUUCAUGAAUACAGAAGUCAACCGAUACCAGAUGAGCCUGAUAGACUGACCUACGUUUAUCAUGCGACUUCACAUAUGAUAGGGCCGUGGUUCAACGAGUUGGGAGACUUAUGGAUGGCCUCACUUCUUCCAAAUGUGCUGGCUUCUGAUCAAAAAUGUCGCCCGACAGCUGAGAUUCUCGUUGAAAACCUGUUGCAGCAAUAUGGGCCUCCUAGUUGCUCGUGUCAAAUGUAG